GAGAAACUCCCCUUUCCCUAUCGCACGAGACGAAACCGCCGCCACGCCCAUGGCUGACUCCGGCUCCAUCGUCGUCACGGAGGCGCGGAAGCAGCACCCGCUGAGCCAGAUCGCGGCGAGCGGGACGCACCGGCUGCUGCUCAAGCAGUGGGUCAAGGAGGAGGACCUGCUGGCGCGCCGCGUCGCGCUGCGGGAGGCCCGCCUCGACGGCGCGCGCAAGGAGAUCGCCUUCCUCUACUGCGCCUUCUUCGCGUUCCACGCCGCCUCCGUCCUGCUCCUCUUCCUCUCCUCCUCCACCGCCGGCCCCGCCUCAGCGUGCAGGCGGUCCUGGAUCCCCUGCCUCGUCUCGCUGCUCUCCUCGCUCGCCAUGCUCUGGGCGCUGCGGUACAAGUCCGACACGGAGGCCGUCCUGGAGCGCCUGCUGGCGCGGGAGCGCGAGGACGCGCUGCUCCUCGCCAGGUGCGUCUCCGAGCUCAAGCGCAAGGGCCUCCACUUCGACCUGCUCAAGGAGGUGGACGCGCUGCGCAGGGCCAAGAGCCUCCGCGUCGAGGCCAAGGGCGCCGACAGGCCCAGGAGGUGGCAGGCCAGGGACCUCGCCGUCUUCGCGCUCUUCGCCGUCGCCUGCGGGGUGCUCGUGCUCACCAGGUUCCUGCUCUGCAAUUAGCCAACAUCGCAUUGCAUUGCAGGUGGAGGUGUUCAUUGCCUUGCCUUCUUGGCAUCUCCUUGAUAAUCGUCAUGACGAAGAGCACUGUUCGUUUUGGGCAGAACUGUUUGUUCUGCCAAUUUUGGUGUUGGGUCUUGUCGUUUGUAUACAACAAUAAAUCUGAUUCUUGGUAGACCUAGGGAUUCCCCAGUUUAUUUUGCGGAUGGAUUCAGUGGAACAAUUAAACAAGCUCAAUGUAAUCUCU